UGGCUCAGACGCCACGAAGCUGUGACGCUCUCACGAGGGCAGAGAGUGGGACGGUGAUCGCCAUGGGAGAUGACAUGGAGCUGCCAGGGCAGAUCUCGGGGGAGGACGACUCGGACGUCGUCACCGACACGGGCUUCAGUCGCGGCGUGAGCGGCAGCGGCCGGAGCGAGGUGCCCAUCGUGUGCCCGCCCGCGGCCGCGGCCGCGGCCACGCCGCACGCGCCCGCUCGGAACGGGUCCAAAUGCUCGGGGCCACCGGGGCUGGUGGAUCGCUACCCCUCCAAGGCGUCGAAGAGCUCCAUGUCCGAGCUGCAUCGGGCCAUCGACUGCUUCAGUUCCUUCAGGAUAGCGCUCGAGACGAACCAGAAGCACAGCCUCCGUCUUCUCGAUUUGGAGAUGGACAAGUUGAAGAAGCUGCUGCCACAGGACCCGUCCCGAGCUUACAAAGAAAGACUCUUGAAGCCAGGCGAAGCCAUGCCCCGAACCUCAAGAACGUUGAGAGCUUCGGGCGUCGGUUCUCCCUCCAGUCCUCGCACGAGCAGUGCCGCCCUGCCGCUUCCAGCAGCGGCAGUGGAAGCCGGCCGCCACUUCGUGGACUCGUCCCCCGCCUCCCCGGCCUCGCCGGUGUCGCCGGUGUCGCCCGCCUCGCCGUCCGGGUCGCCGGCGCUGGCGGCGCCCAAGCUGCCACAGCGGCAGCGGCGAAUGUCUUGGAUCACCAAGCAGGGCACUGGAUUCUUGGACGCGAAAGCACUGCAAGAGCUCACCGCUGAGCACAACCUCUCCUCCGAGGAGUCUUCACCCUCCGGUGACAACCGAGGCACCACUUACAGUAGUGAGGCCACGGGCAGGAGCAAAGCCAAAGUCAAGUCCGACGCGAAGAAGAACAGCACCAGUGGCAUGCUCGCGCGCUUGGACCCCGACCUCGCCAAAGAUGCCAUCAGGGAUCGGGCGGCCGCAGAGUUCGGGAAGAAGCGCGUGGAGAUCAUGAAGACGGAGGGUCGGCUGGUUCAAUUGGCCACACAUCCAUUCUUUGAGCGAAUCACUUUGGCGGUGAUCCUUUUCAAUGCUGCUUGGAUCGGCAUCGAUAUCGAGCUGAACAAAGCCGAUAUGCUUUUCAAUGCCGAUCCUGUCUUCAUCAUUAUGGAGAACCUCUUUUGCGUGUUCUUUUUGGCGGAGCUCGUCAUCAGGUUUGGCAUGUUCAAGAAGACAGUGUACAUCUUCAAGGACAUUUGGUUCAUGGCUGAUCUGAUUUUGGUUUCUUUGAUGGUGCUGGAGACCUGGUUGGUUCCCGUCAUCGACGCCAUCACCGGUGAGGGCGGCGGCAUCUCCAGUGGUGCCUCCGUCCUGCGAGUGGCGCGUGUCAUGCGCGUGCUGCGCACCGCGCGGAUGGCGCGACUGGUGCGGCUCAUGCCCGAGCUGAUGAUCCUCAUCAAAGGAAUGAUGGUUGCCUUUCGAUCUGUGUUCUUCACCUUGCUGUUGCUCCUGCUCUUCACCUAUGUCUUCUCUGUGGCCUUUGUGCAGUUCAGCCGCGACACCAACCUGGAAGACCCUCUCUUCUUUGGCUCCAUGGGUCAUGCAGUGACGACCUUGAUCCUUCGCUGCAUCCUGACGGAUCAGGAAUCCCUGAUUCGCCAGGUCGCCGAGGAGAGUUGGAUGAUGUGCAUUUUGCUCUUGACCUUCAUUUUGUUUGGCUCCCUGACGGUGAUGAACAUGCUUUUAGGGGUGCUGGUCGAGGCCAUCAAGACAGUGUCGACCAUCGAGCGCGAGCAAUUGGAAGUGGACUUUGCCAAGCGAGUGCUGUGGGACCUCAUCGACAAAGGGGAGGCUGACACCGAUGGUGACAAUUGCAUUUCAGAGGAUGAGUACAUGGCUGUGCUGCAAAAACCUGAGGCCAUGACGGCGCUCACGAGUUUGGGUGUUGAUGUGGAUGCCGCCCUGGAUUAUGGCAAGCUGCUCUUCGAGGAUGGCGAGCCAUUGACCUUUGGAGACUUUAUGAAAGGCAUCUUAACCUUGAGAGGCUCAAAUCAGACCACGGUCAAGGACAUUGUGGACCUUCGAAAGUUCACCGCCGACGAGUUCUCACACCUCCACGAAAUUCUGGAGGUGGUGAACCAGCAGUUGGCGUUGACGAGAGCAGCUGCAGGCGGCGACUCCCCGGACCGCGAUCGCCGAGCCUCAUUUUCCUCCUCGCGCGGCUCCAGGUCCGAGAGCAACCUCUGGAGCUGACCGAGCCGGUCCACGGGGCGACCGGUCCGCAGGGCACCGCAGACAGUGCAGACGGAGCGUGGCAAAGACCUGGUGGACGACGGUGGUCAAGUCGACUGCGCACGAAGACGGUGCCCGGUGCUCCGAUGUUUGGGGUGCUCAAAACGUGCGCAGUCGACGAGUCGAGGAAGAUCGUCCGGAUUGGAGG